AUGGAUUAUGAAAUAGUGCGUGGUACAUAUACUAACAUGAAUGAUAUUUGUGAGAAAUUAAGUAAAGAUAUAGUUACAAGUUCACAUCAAUUAUUAUGCAUGAAUAUUAUUCCUACAAACAUAAAAGAAAAAGAAAUAAAUAAACAAGAAACUUCAUUUAUGUACUUUCAAUUGUUAACUGAAAUAUUAACUGGAAUGGAUCAUAAAGAUGAUGCAAAAACAGAUAUGAUUAAUCAAUGUCGAUUACAAUAUAUUGAUAAUGAAAUAGUGUUAAAUCAUAUCCAUGAAUUUGAUAAGACUUCUAGUCCAAAUAAAGCCAUAUGGUGGUACACAAGGCAUUGCUUUUUAUAUGAAAUAUUGAAUAAAGCACUUCGAAUUCAAGACAUCGAUAUGCUAUUUAAAUAUCUUUUCUUCUUAACUGAUCUUCAUAAUCAAAUACAACAAUUACAUUCAGAGGUUGUUCAAUCAUUACUAACCAAAAAUAAUGACAAUGAACAAAGAAAACUGACUGUGUAUCGUGGCCAAGGUUUAAAUAUACAUGAGUUCGAAAACAUACCGAAUAAUCUAGGAGGACUCGUAUCAUUCAACAGCUUCCUAUCAACAAGUACCAAUCAAAACGUAGCACACAUGUUCCUUUCCAAUAGAUCAGACCUACAAUCUGUUCUUUUUGAAAUAAACGCUGACCAUCACCCCGACACAAAACCAUUUUGUCACAUAAAGGAAAUCCGCCAGUUUAAUCAAGAAGAAGAGGUCCUUUUCACUAUCGGAAGUGUAUUUCGAAUUGACUCUAUUUCUAACUGUAGCAACCGAGUUUUGAAGGUAAGUUUGACACUGGCUAGAGAAGAAGAUGAACAGUUGAAACAAUUAAGAGAACACUUUCGAGCGAAACUAGGCGAAAUGUCCAUCCUACAUGUUCUCAGUACCCUCAUGACAGGCACAUGGCAAAUAUGAUCACGCUCAACAAUAUUUCAUAACACUAAUUGAAAGCGAUCAACUGACCCAUCCUGAUCUUCCAAACCCUCAUCAUACUAUUCCAUUAGUUUACGAUAAAAACGCCGAAUCCGAUAAACCACUAGAAAAUUCCGAACA